CGGGCCGGUUCUUGCAGGUGUGAAGCCGCCCGCCCGGCAGCUGCGCCCAAAGCCUCGGAGCCGGGGUGCGCAGGGCACUCGGGCGGGGAGCCACUCUCUGGGCCUCGAGCCGCUCGGCCGGCAACAGGGUUAGCGAAAGGUAGCCAGAGGAGCAGAAGUCAUUUGUGGCCGCAGAUGCUCACUAUGUGGGAAAAACAAAUUUUGUAUCAGAAAAAUUCCUUCACCAUAAGCUCUUGAAGGUUUAUGAUGUAUCAGACAUGGUGGUAUGGCACUUUAAUUUACAGUGACUCGUGUGGAGUUCAAAAAGCAAUUUUAAUUCCUUUAAAAGCCUUCCUAUUUGGAAACAAUUCCAAACUUAAAGUUGCAAGAAUAAUACAAAGAACUCUUGAAUACUUCGUUUGGACUCACCAGUUGUUAACAUUUUGCCACAUUUGCGUUACUAUUCCUAGUUUUGACUUUCCAAACACACAUUGUCCCCCUGAACUAUUGAAGGGUAACUUGCAGGCACUGUGAUACUACCCCCAAAUAUAAAUACUUUAGUGUAUUUUCUAGGAAUAAGCAUAUUCUCUUAUAUGCCCCCAGUAAUAAAUUAAGGAGACUUACCACUUAUACAAUAAUAUGUAAUGUAUGGUUCAAUUUCAAAUUUCACCAAUUAUCUCAAUAAUGUCCUUUGUAAAAUUUUUUUUCCUGGUGCAGAUACAGUCUAAAAAUGAGCAUUGCAUUUGGUUCUCGCUUCUGUUUUUUCUGGAACAGGUUCUUAACUCUUUGCCUUCUAUAAUGUUGAUAUUUUUGAAGACUAUAGGACAGCUGAGUUUCUCUGGUGAAUACACCUCAUGAUUAGAUAGAUACUGGUUUUUGCAUUUUUGGCAGGAGUGAUGUAUGCGUUGCUCCUGUUCAUUAGGAGACCUGUGAUGUUGCUUUGCCCCAUUAUUGGUGAUACUAACUUUUGACUACUUGGUUAAGGUAGUGUCUAUCAGAUUUGUCCACUCUAACCUUUGUAAUUAUUCCUUGUACUUAAUACAUAAUUUGUGGGGAACUCUUUUGAGACUGUAGGUUGAUUAUUAAUAUAUAAAUUAAAUAUGUCUUUUUUUUUUUUAAGUAUGAUUUUUCAAAUUUUGAUCAGGCUAAAUGGAAGAGAAGAUUGCUAACCUCCCCAGAUGAUUUGGGUAUCUUCUCAUCCGGAGAUAAACCUAGAUGAUGAACUGGAUUCUUUUCAAGAUUUGAAGCAACGAGAAAAAAAAGAAGAGUUAAUUGAGAAUGAUCGUAGAAUUAGUACCUCCAAAAUAACCAAACAGUCUUUUAAAGACAUAGGAAAAGCAGUUGCCCAGCCAACUAAUGUGACAUCAAAUUCAAGAAAUUGGACUGAAUGUUGUAGUAAUGUAAGUGACUCCCCUCUGAGAUGUGUCAGCUGUUCGACAUCUAAAGCACCAAAGAAGCAGAGAAUACUUCCACAUCAGAUUAAUCAGAUCUAUGAGGAAUUGUUUCAAAUACAUCAGAAACUGCAGUGUGAAACUGCAGCACAACAGGAGUUUGCUGAAGAACUUCAAAAGCGGGAAUGUUUUUUAGUUGAAAGAGAACAACUACUUUUCAGACAUGAAACUGCUUUGAGUAAAAUUAAAGGUGUCGAAGAAGAGGUUCUUACAAGAUUUCAGAUUAUAAAGGAGCAACACGAUGCAGAAGUUGAGCAUUUAACUGAAGUUCUUAAGGAAAGAAAUAAAGAAAGCAAGAGGCUAAGGUCCUCUUUCGAUGCAUUGAAAGAAUUGAAUGAUAACUUAAAAAAGCAGUUAAAUGAAGUAAGUGAAGAAAACAAGAAGAUGGAGAUUCAGGCUAAGAGAGUUCAAGCUCGUUUAGAUAAUUUACAGAGGAAGUAUGAGUUUAUGACAAUACAGAGAUUGAAAGGAAAUUCGCAUGCUGCUAAUGAAAUGAAAAGUUUAAAACAAGAUAAAGUACCAGUCUCAAAAACUCACAAGGUACCACUUAAUGCACAAGUGUAUGAACUUUUAACUGUCUUCAUGGACUGGAUUUCAGAUCAUCACCUUAGUAAAAUAAAAAGUGAAGAAUCUGGAAUGGAUGGUGAAAAGCCGCUACUCAAAUUUGCUUCUCAGAGAAAUGAUAUUCAGGAGAAGUGUAUAAAGCUUUUGCCGGUGAUGACAGAGCAGCUGCAGUGGAUGCCAUUUGUGAAUACAAAACUUCAUGAGCCUUUUGUAAAAUUUAUAUAUUGGUCUCUAAGACAGCUAGAUGCCGGAACACAGCAUUCAACCAUGACAUCAACAUUGAGGAGAUUGGGUGAAGACAUAUUCAAAGGAGUAGUAACGAAGGGAAUUCAAGAUAAUUCUUUAGAACAUUCAGUGGAGAAUAAACCAAAGACAGCUGCUUUCUUUAAGAGCUCCAAUUUACCAUUGAGAUUUUUAUCAACUUUAAUUGUUCUCAAAACAGUCUCUCAAGCUGACUACCUGGCUCAGGCAUUUGAUUCUCUCUGUUUGGACUUGAAGACAGAUGAAGGAAAAGUCUUGUUUUUGGAGUAUCAAGCUGUUCCAGUAAUACUAAAUCAUCUCCGAAUAUCCAGUAAAGGACUCCUCUCUAAUGUCAUUGAUAGUUUGCUUCAGAUGACAGUGGAAUCUAAAUCCUUGCAGCCUUUCCUGGAAGCCUGUAGCAACACUUUAUUUUUUCGUACUUGCUCUGUGUUGCUUCGAACCCCUAAGCUUGAUCUUCAAAUACUAGAAAAGCUCAGUAUUAUUCUGCAGAAACUUUCCAAAAUCAAGAGUAAUAAGAAGCUCUUUGAACUUUUUACUAUUCAUCUGAUGCUUCAAGAAUUACAAAGGACAACACAUCCAGAGCAGGCCUUUCUCUGUAUUAACCUAAAUUCAACUCUGUUCAAUUUGGGUUUGACAAAAUGCAACUCCUUGGCCUCCAAUGCAAGCCAUUAGACUGGCUUAUUAUCAUUUCAUAAUAAUAAUGUGUGUUGCUUAUUUGUAAGAUUGUAAAAAUUACCAAAGUAACUAAAAGUCCACCAAGUAAAGUUAUCAGUAGCAUCAUUUAUCAUGAAAAGUAGGGUUUUUUUUAACUUUUAAGAUGAAAUCGAUAGAAGCUGUGGAAUUUUUGGACUGUUUCAGUUCAACUAAGGUAGUACUUACCAACGUACAAAACGAAAUUUCCAGAAUUAAUGACAGUGGGGUUACUUUUUGUAAGAGUGUUUUGGGGAAAUUUUUAAAAUUAUGUGAUUAUUUGGAAUAAAAUUGGUGUGUGGGAAAGAGGAUUAGAUCAUGUUGUCAUU